AACAUUGUGGUGCCAGGCGCAACCAUCACAUCGGAAACUGGGUUCAUGCGAGGUCACGGUACUUUCCUCGAGGAUGAAGUACUCUAUGCCUCGGUUGCUGGGGUUGUAGAACAUGUGAACAAGGUCGUCAGCGUUCGUCCCGCACGCACACGUUAUGUUGGUGAAGUGGGUGAUGUCGUUGUUGGGCGUAUCGUUGAGGUCUCGCAACGACGGUGGAAGGUGGAUAUUCAAUCACGCCUGCAUGGUGUUCUCAAGCUUUCCUCAGUGAACCUCCCCGGCGGCGUCUUGCGUCGCAAGAGCGCGUCGGACGAGCUGAUGAUGCGAGAGUUCUUCAAGGAGGGCGAUCUCAUCUCUGCCGAGGUGCAGCAAAUUUACCAAGAGGAUGGCACGCUGUCUCUGCACACGCGCAGUCUCCGUUAUGGACGACUUGGUGGUGGGGCUUUUGUGGCUGUUUCACCGGCCUUGAUCCGACGAUCCAAGCACCACAUGCACGUCUUGCCGUGUGGUGUGGCGGUUGUGCUCGGUACCAAUGGCUUCAUCUGGAUUGGCCCCCGCUUGGAGGAAGACACAACUCGUCGCGAUGCCAGUGCCGAUGCCAUGGGCCCAGACCGCGACAUGCGUCUGCGCAUUGCGCGCGUGCGCAAUUGUAUCGAGGCUUUGGCGACCCGACACUGCCCCAUCUUUGAGACAAGUAUUGUCUACACGUAUGAGGAUUCUCAAGAGCAUCACGUCAAGGACUUGCUUCAACCCGACGUGGUGUAUGAGGUUACGGCGCGUGCAUACUCGCAGUGCUUCCCUCAUGCUUAG